UAUUUAUUGUAUCAUUAUCGUCAUUAUCGGGUCUAAGAAAACAAAGAUUGUAGGUAGGUUUACACAAUUAGUUUUAGCCAUUCAGACUUAAAGAGCCUCGUUCAGGAAAUGUGAUCCCCGGAAUUUGUCUGAAAACGCCAUCAUUUUCAGUGCAGGUCUUUUAGCUUACGUAAAAUUUUCCUGCAGCUCUAUCGCUACAGGCUAUUCUCAUGUAGGAUCUGUCUGCUUCUUCCACCACUGAAGCCUUAUCAUGAUCUCAAUACCGGCGUCGCGCUGUUUUAAUGGAUAGCCGUCUGAUUUAUAUUCUUUGCUGACCUUUGUUCAGCGCUAGGGGACGCCAGAGCUCAGAAUUGUAAUGCUGAAUAAGGACCCUGCAGCUAAAAUUUAAAUCACUGUUUUCCUCCUAUUUUACACUCAGCCAACUGUUCUUUCCAGUGUCAGAUGAUAGUUUCCAUAAGAAAAUAUUAACCACUGCCAGACUAUCCGGGGAGGGUGGGGGGUGUUCUGUGUGUCCAGCGGUGCGUUAACCCUUGUUGCAAAGUGUUGCGUAAAGGUCAACAAACACUGCCUGUGGCACCACUGAAGACUGUUCCCAUAAGUCAUGGACAUUUCAGCUGUAAAUGCUCUUUCUUACGAGGAUUUUGUGAACACUUUCGGUAACGUGGUGGAGAAAUGUCCUGUUAUAACAGCCGCUGUGUGGUCGAGGCGUCCGUUUGUGAGUUUAAAUGCUCUGGAGGCUGCCAUCAGUGACUUCAUCGACGAGCUCCCAGAAUCAGGUAAAGAGGGGAUCCUAAGGUGUCACCCCGAUCUGGCCGGCAGGGACCUGCAGAGGGGCACCUUGACCCGGGAGUCGCGCCAGGAGCAGGCGGGAGCCGGAAUGGACGCGCUGACCUCGGGGGAAGCCGAGCGCAUGGCCCGUCUCAACGAGGAGUAUAAAAAGCGCUUCGAAUUUCCAUUUGUCAUCUGCGCCCGGAUGAACGACAAAGCGAACAUCUUGCUGCAGCUGUCCGAGCGCUGCCAGAACGAGCGCGCAGUGGAGAGAGCGCGCGGCAUCGAGGAGGUGAAGAAGAUCUGCCGCUUGCGCCUCCAAAGUCUGCUGCUUACUGAUGGCGCGAACAAAUUAUGAAGUGCCGGAGGUUGAGUUUUGCGCCAG